AUGAUGGCCGAAUCGCACUUUCGCGUCUUCAAGGACAAGUUUCUCGCCAAAGUUACCAAAGUCCGUAUCGACUACCUCACGCACAUCAUCGCAGUCCAUGUCCACAGUUGGUACGACGCGAAGUUCAAGCGUGCCUCACGCCCGUACGGCUACGACGACCCCGCGGCGUGGGAGAACCGGUUCCACGCAGAAUGGGCCGCACAUUGCGCGAAGAUUCUCGCUCCUCCUAAGGAACCGGCCAACAAUGUCGCUCCUCCUAAGGAACCGGCCAACAAUGUCGCUUCUUCGACCAAACAACCAAGUUACACCACCUCAUUGCAGGAUUGGACGUGCUCGUGCCCGUCGUACCCGUACUCCGAGUUUCUCAUGUGCAAGCAUCUCGUCCAAGCUUACAUCGUCGACCGACGAAGCAGUCGCUCGUCAAGAAACCGAAGACGCAAGAAUUGCCCAAGCUCUGGAGUCCGGCCCUGA